CUCGUCUUCUCAACCUCCUUUGACAACGACGCUCAUUAUCUACCAAACGCGUCGAAGUUCUACGAGCGCAAGCACAAAGAUAAUCUUUCUGGCUCUGCGACCCUUCUCACGACUCUCGCACCUCCACCAAACACCUCGCGACACCUCGAUCGAAUCCCCAUCCUUUUGCCUCCUCCAUACAAAGCUCAUCACCGACUUCCAGUAUGUCUGUCGAGGUUAUUCUGGAUACGCCCCUGGCGCACGCGCUGAACUCUGCUAUCCAACCGAAGUUGGUAGAGGUGGGUUGGAGUACAGGCGCUGAGGGAUCCGACCUGUCUGAGUACAUCAUUCUCAUGCUCGCCAACGGCAAGACGCAAGAACAGAUCGCAGCAGAGCUUUCAGGCGACCUUCUCAACCUUGGCCCCGACGAUCCAGGAGCAAGAGACUUCUCUCAGUGGCUGUUCCAUCAGGUGGAAGCUCUGAAUUCGCAACAAAAUGGUGGGAAUGAAGGAACCCAGGAUGCAGGCAUGACACUGGCGGACACGUCAAAUGGAGUUCAAGAUGCAGAUAUGGAUGAUGUCUCUGAAGGGGUAGAUGGUAAUGUACCUACGGGUCCAAAGUCAAUGCGAAAUGGUGCCACUCGUCCAAGAGACAAGCGUAUGCUUGGCCACUUAGCAAAGGCAAUGGACAGAACGAACGAGUCGGUCCUCCAUCGCGUCCGCCCUCAAAACGGAAACGAGCGCAUCAAUACACAUUCACGAGGCGCACCUCCGACCGGUCCGCGGGGACAACAAGCACCAUUUCCAGGCCGAGGCGGACGUGGAUCGAUGAAUUCCCGAAUGAACGGUCCUGUUGGAGGGAUGCCGAUGCAGCAUGGAGCAGCAGCAGCCAACAUCAUGAAUAUGACGCCCCAACAGCAACUUGAGUUGUAUGCCAUGCUCGAGCAACAAUCGAGACUCAUGGCGCAGAUGCUCAACCCACAACAACAAAUGCCAAUGGGGAGUGGACCAGCGAAUGGCUUUCAUCAGCAGCAACAACAACCCGGACGAUCACUCUUUGACCGAGUUCAACGACCGCAACAAAAUGGUGCCCGCAAGCCACCUCAGAACUCCAAGUUCGGAGACCAACGUCAAAAUCACAGCGAAACGCCUUCCUCGUCAAUGGAUGUUGAAAUGUCACAGGAGAAGAAGGAGAUUGAUCCAGAGAAGACCACCUGCCGCUUUAACAUAAACUGCACGAAGGCAGAUUGCCCUUUCGCACAUCAAUCUCCUGCAGCUCCUGAGGGUACAACGAUCGAUUUCGGAGACAAAUGUUCUUUUGGUGCAGCGUGCAAAAACCGAAAAUGCACUGGCAGGCACCCAUCUCCUGCUCAGCAAGCCGAGCAAGAUUGCAAGUUCUGGCCAAAUUGCACCAAUGCUCGAUGCAUUUUCAAACAUCCAACCAUGCCGCCUUGCCGCAACGGAGGUGACUGUAAGACACCCAACUGCAAGUUCUCGCACAGCAAGGUCGAGUGCAAAUUCAACCCUUGCCUGAAGCCAAAUUGCAUUUUCAAGCACGUCGAUGGUCAGAAGCGAGGAAAGUUCGAGGACAAGGUCUGGACAGCAGACAGUGCGAAGGAACAUGUUAGUGAGAGGAAAUUUGUGGAUGAGAAUGCACCGGAGGAGUUGAUUGUGCCGGCGACUUCUGAUGGGGGGAUGAGCCAAGCUUCAAGUGCUACGGCUGAGCUCGUGACAUAGAGCAUGGACUGGGAUAGAUUUCUGAAUCGUAUGGGAGCCUCAAAACUGUAUACCACUUCAUUAUUUGGUGACGGAGGGUGGCGCUGGCGUUUGGGUUGUGUUUUGUUGGACUUAAGGUGGUUAUGGGUUGCUUCAAAUGGGGAAUGCACAUUACGUAGAAUGGAUUUCCGUCUCAUGGUACCUCAGAGACAAGAUCUCUGAAGGAACCCUCCAACAUUACAGUCUCCUAUGAAUGUUAUAUGAAAUAAG